CUUUCUAACCUAUUGCUCGGAUAGUCACCGGUGAAAAUGUAUCGACUGUUAGUAUUACUGGCCCUUGGGUCGACCUAUGGAGCUUUGUUAGAUGGUGACAUAGAUAUAGCUGACGGUGUGAAGUUAGUUAGUAUACCAGUGUCUAACAGUUUGGAGGAUGAGGGACGAGGGUUUGGUGAUUCGCCGUUGUUUCGGAUCGCGAAGUUCCUGUCAGGGCAUGAGUUGAGAGUGAAGUUGCCGAAUUUGGUUGAAAAGGAGAAGAUCAGCAAGAUUGUCGAAGAGUCGCUGAGGACUGUUGAUGAAACUUACAAUAGUGCAGGAACCGGUAGAAGGAAAGGCGGCGGCGGUGGCGGUUCGAUUGCCCUCCUUGGCAUGAUGAUGGCCAAGACCCUCGGCGCGGUGGGGCUUGGUGGUGUGGCCCUCUUGACCAUGAAGGCCCUAGCGGCUUCAGCCCUCGCCCUGAUGCUCUCAGCAAUCAUCGGAGUCAAGAAACUGACUUCUCACGACGACCAUGAAGAUCACCAAGUCAUCUACGCUGGACACCACGGACACCAUAGGAGAAAACGAGAAACUCCUCUCCCAUACAGAGGAUGGUUGAAGCAUUGAAGAGCAUACAGCGAUAGAGUAGCCUACAACCAGUAGUACCAGUAUGGCUAUACUCCCUGCUUCACGCUGAAAGUACCACUCACCCGCUCCCAGUUAUCGCCUGUCAAAGAACGCGACCAGUCGACCUGUCUUAUCUCACUCAUUUAAGCAUAGCGUUUACCUACACGAGCUUGGA